UGGCCUUCACAGAGCAUUUGCAGAGUAGAAGCUUCACUGAGCUCCCCUCUCUCUCUCUAACUCUCUCUCAGCUCUUUCUCUCUCUAAGUGAUGGCUUGUUCUCUUGGUCUUCCAAUGUCUAUGAUGUGGGUUUUGCUAGCUUUCUCUUUUGCCAUUGUUAUGGUUGGCUCUGUUAGCCCUUCUAGGUUUGAUGAGCUUUUUCAGCCCAGUUGGGCACUGGACCAUUUCGCCUAUGAAGGAGAGCUUCUUAAGAUGAAACUAGAUAAUUAUUCUGGGGCUGGUUUUCAAUCCAAAAGCAAGUAUAUGUUUGGGAAAGUCAAUAUUCAGAUCAAGCUUGUAGAGGGUGACUCUGCAGGGACUGUCACUGCUUUCUAUAUGUCAUCAGACGGCUCAAAUCACAACGAGUUCGAUUUUGAGUUUCUGGGAAACACCACCGGCGAGCCCUAUCUGGUCCAGACCAAUGUGUAUGUCAAUGGUGUGGGUAAUAGAGAGCAAAGGUUGAACCUUUGGUUCGAUCCCACUAAGGACUUCCACACUUAUUCCAUCCUCUGGAACCAGCGCCAAGUUGUAUUUUUGGUGGACGAGACACCCAUACGAGUACAUUCCAACAUGGAAAACAAGGGAAUACCGUUCCCAAGGGACCAACCAAUGGGCGUGUACAGUUCAAUAUGGAAUGCGGACGACUGGGCCACACAGGGUGGUCGGGUCAAGACCGACUGGUCCCACGCACCCUUUAUCGCUUCCUACCGUGGCUUUCACAUUGACGCCUGCGAGUGCCCGGCGACAGUGGCGGCAACCGACAAUGCGAGGCGGUGCAGCAGCAGCAGCGAGAAGCGGUACUGGUGGGAUGAGCCCACAAUGUCAGAGCUGAGCCUCCAUCAGAGCCACCAGCUGUUAUGGGUUCGAGCUAAUCACAUGAUUUACGACUACUGCACUGAUGCCACGAGGUUUCCGUCGACUCCGGUGGAGUGCCUCCACCACCACCACUAGUGGUGUUGCCCGGCACUGAAAGGGAAAGGGGUUCAAUCGCAUUGUAAAAAAAGUGAAAAAGGAAAAGGAAAUCAAAGUCUCCCCAUAGAUGUGAACUCCUUGUUACAUAUUUUUGGUUCAAGUACCUUCGCAUGUUGUAUGAAUGAUUAAUGUGAAUUAAUUUUCGAUUUCUAUAA